GCCCUGGAGGCACUUUAUUUCUUCCGCCGCUCAAUCGAUUGCCGCCUGGACCUCGACCUCGAUCUCGUCAGGGCAGCGGAUCACGAGCUCAGCAAUCGCAGGCUCUGACUCUGCUAGCGCUCGACCCUUCGUCCUUCUUCGUCGCAACCAACCACUGCCAACCCGGCUUGUCUCGCAGUCUCCGCUGCAAAUCCCACUGCUUGGCACCACGAGGUCAAACGUGUCGUGGAAGUCGAUGGUCGAUCAGCCAAAGAGCGAGCCAGACGUAUCCUCUUCAUCUCCAUCAGCUUCAUCACUCUUCCCAACAUCUAGCGCACCGAUUCCCCCUGCUUUCCCCUCUGCUCCUCAACCUGCACAUCAUUUCAUCUAUCCUGCCAGCUAUACUCACGUCGCCUAUCCUCAACAUCCGACAGCUGUCCAGUUUGAGCAGCACACGAUGCUUGCCAAUCCACACCACGCUGCUUCUGCUCAGCAGCCAUGGGCUUAUGGCCCUCAAGGCCCCCCUCCUGGUGCUGCUCAUCAUCAUCAACAGCCUGCUGCUCUAUCUGGUCACGGCUAUGCAAUCUCUCCCUUUGCUCGCCCACCCAUGCAUCCCAUGGUUGGUCACUCUAUGCACUACAUACCAUCGGCUUACCAUGUCCACAGCGGACCAAGGCAUUCGGUCCCCACCGAGUCAUGGAGCUACCCUGCAGGCGCAUCCGCCUACUCGCACGAUCACCAGCACCACCAGCCGCAUGCACACCACACUGCGCUCCCACAUCACCCUCACGCUUCUGUCAGACAGUCAUCGCCAACUCAGCAAGAGCCUACAGUACUGGCAAAGGCGAGCAAGAAGCGAUCGCGAUCCCCCUCACAGUCCGACAAGACCUCGUCAGCGAAGCGCCCCUCAGGGCCAGAGAAGCGCAAUAGCAGCUCAGCAGGCACGGCCAAAGUCGUUGAGAAGGAUGGCCAGACAACGACCAUCUUUCAAUGCCGCGGCUUCGGUGACUGCAACAUGACAUUCACACGUAGCGAACACUUGGCUAGGCACAUCCGCAAACACACUGGCGAGAGGCCUUUUCAAUGCCACUGCGGCAAGGCCUUCUCUCGUCUUGACAACUUGCGACAACGCCCAUCUGGCCGCAUCGGCUGCUCAAGCUCAGCACGCACAGGCACUCGUUGUUGCCAAUCAACAAGGUCACGCCGCAGCGGCGGCGGCAGCAGCAGCAGGGUCAUCCGGCUCGCCUUCGACUUCUACCAUGCCUCCAGCCGCCAAAAGAACUUCGAAGGUCGGCAAGCCGGGAAGCUUUAGCACGGCAAGCGCGCCAUACAGGCUGAAUGGAGAAGCGGCGAUCGCUAA